CAUUCUCCCAUAAGCUCUUUGACGGGAGUGAGUUUUCUAGAAGUUCCUUAGCAACCGCAGACGCCGAGCUGUCACCGUGUGCAGCUAUUUACUUCAGCUCUACGGCUAUAAAAUUGCGACCGCUGUAAUGGAGGUUUUAUCCGAAGCCAAAUCGAAACCACUUUCAACUCUGUCUGUAUUCAGCUUUAUUCCACCCAGAAGGACUGAACCAAAGGAAAUGCGAUAUUUCAACUGUAGCAUAAAGGCCCCAGAGAGGUCUCUGUAUGAUUGCUUGCACCAGAGCAUUGAGGGCUUUGACAACAAACUCCACCGGGAUGACAGAAAGCAUGCUAAAGCCAGAGGCCUGGACAUCUUCAGUGAGGAAUCCUCCAGACCAGCACCCGUUCUGUGCUCAUCCGUGUACGGCAGAUUUUCACCACUUCAUUAUGAUUCGAGCAGGAGCUUUGCUCGAGUUGCUCACAUUCGUUCUGAUUUCUACAAUAAGAAUGGGAUCACCUGGAGCGUGGAGGAAGGCUAUGGAUCUGUGACACCCGUCUAAAUGGGUCUCUUACAUACAGUCACAUCUGUCAGCACACAUUAUGUCUGGACUGGGCAUGUUCUGUAUUUCUACCUGAGGAGCUGACUGGCACUAUCACUUGAUAAAUGUUUUUGUUGUUGUAGGGUGAAUAAAAAAAAAAUACAUGAUACAAAAAAGUCAUGAGCUAAUCUAAUUUCUAACCAAAAAAGAACAAACAGUGAUUCUAAACCUGAAGAUUCUUUAUGCAAAAAAGAAAACUGCUUGGUUUUUAGUACUUUCUGGAUCAAAAUCUAGUUUUAUAGAGAGCACACACACCUUACAGUACUUCAGAUCUUAUUAAAGGAUAGUGACAUGC